AUGGCAAUAGAUAGCACUUUGAAAAUCGAUGAAGUAAUUCGACAGACAUUUCUAUUUUUCUCGCUAUGUGGCUCCGACUCUCUCCCAGUUGAAGCAGCUGUUAACUUUGUCAAAGUUCGCUCUUCGGGACAGACCGAAGAAUUAAUCAGGGCAAAGAUCUUAAAAUCCUCCUUGAUUACGUGUUUGUACAGUGAAGAUGGAGCAUCCGACUAUGUAAGAAUGCAUAACGUUGUUUAUAAAAUUCUCAGGAAAAUGUCCACGUUAGAUUUUGACAUCACAGAGAAACUUCAGUGCAUAUCUGUAGCGAUUCAGGUUUUUCACUCUCUCAUUGAGUCGAAGCAUUAUCGUUUGCAUGAAAGUGGGCACGUGUACUUAAUGUUACGUAGGAUUACCACCCACUGCAAAGCGCUUUAUGAAAUUCUUACUGACAAUUUUACUGCAAAAGAUGUUUUGGAGUUAGCACCCUUUAUCACUCCUGACAAGGUCAUUUCGUGGCUUUGUUUAACUGCCUAUGUAUGUCUUGGCCUUAGCAAUCCAUCAAAUGCAAUUCUCUUUUCCACGUCAGCCUGCGACUUUGCUCAAUAUGCAAGUAACACAAGAGAGGGCGACUUAAUGAAAGCAGAUGUCUUUACUGCCCACGGGUCAACAUUAUCAAUGAUAUGCCAGCAUAAAUCAUCAAUAUCAUACCAUGAAGAGGCUAGCAAAGUUUAUGAAGCAAUUUGCGGUGGACAUCAUUACAAAGUAGCACAAACUUAUCAAAACUUUGGAAUUGUUUAUAACCAUCUUGGACAGUACGAUGAAGCAAAAGAAUACUACGAGAAGGCACUGAUCAUCAGCAAAAAGAUUUUCGGCGAAGAACAUGCCAUUGUAGCAGCAAGCUACAACAACUUGGGAAAUGUCCAUGUAGAUCUUGGACAGUACAAUGAAGCAAAACAAUACCACGAGAGGGCACUGAUCAUCAGCAAAAAGACUUUCGGCGAAGAACAUGCCAAUUACAAUGAAGCAAGACAAUACUACGAGAAGGCACUGAUCAUAGGCAAAAAGAUUUUCGAUGAGGAACAUGCCGAUGUAGCAACCAGCUGUAACAAUUUGGGAAGUGUUCAUGUACAUCUUGGACAGUAUAAUGAAGUAGAAGAAUACCACGAGAAGGCACUGAUCAUCAGGAAAAAGAUUUUCGGUGAGGAACAUGCCGAUGUAGCAGCCAGCUAUGACAACUUGAGAAGUGUUCAUGGAAAUCUUGGACAGUACAAUGAAGCGAAAGAAUACCACGAGAAGGGACUGAUUAUCAGGGAAAGGAUUUUCGGCGAGGAUCAUGCGGAUGUAGCAGCCAGCUAUAACAACUUGGGAAAGGCGCAUAGAGAUCUUGGACAAUACAAUGAAGCCAAGCAGUACCUCGAGAAGGCACUGAUCAUCAGGAAGAAGUUUUUCGGCGAGGAACAUGCUGAUGUAGCAGCAAGCUAUAACAACUUGGGAAGUGUUCAUGAAGAACUUGGACUGUACAAUGAAGCAAAACAAUACUACGAGAAGGCGUUGAUCAUCAGGAAAAAGAUUUUCGGCGAGGAACAUGCCUAUGUAGCAGCCAGCUAUGACAACUUAGGAUGUGCUCAUAACGUUUUUGGAAAGUACUAUGAAACAAAACAAUACCACGAGAAGGCACUGAUCAUAAGGAAAAAAACCUUCGGUGAGGAACAUGCCGAUGUAGCAGCCAGCUACAACAACUUGGGAACUGUUCAUGCCGAUCUUGGACAGUACAAUAAAGCAAACGAAUACCACGAGAAGGCACUGAUCAUCAAGAAAAAGAUUUUCGGUGAGGAACAUGCCGAUGUAGCAGGCAGCUAUAACAACUUGGGAACUGUUCAUGCAGAUCUUGGACAGUACAGUGAAGCAAAAGAAUACCACGAGAAGGCACUGAUCAUCAAGAAAGAGAUUUUCGGUGAGGAACAUGCCGAUGUAGCAGCGAACUAUAACAACUUGGGAAGUGUUCAUGGAAAUCUUGGACACAAAAAGACUUUCGGCGAAGAACAUGCCAAUGUAGCAGCCAGUUAUGACAACUUGGGAAGUGUUCAUGGAAAUCUUGGACAGUACAAUGAAGCGAAAGAAUACCGCGAGAAGGGACUGAUUAUCAGGAAAAGGAUUUUCGGCGAGGAACAUGCCGAUGUAGCAGCCAGCUAUAACAACUUGGGAAAGGCGCAUAGACAUCUUGGACAAUACAAUGAAGCCAAGCAAUACCUCGAGAAGGCACUGAUUAUAAGGAAAACAAUUUUCGGUGAGGAGCACGCCGAUGUAGCAGCAAGCUAUAACAACUAG